AUGCUGUCCCUUCGCCAUGUUUGGGUCAUCGUCACUGAUGUUACCAACUCGCUAUUCGGAUCACCCUUUCUCAGCCAGGGCCUCCAAUACCCCAUAGGAGGCAAGUUUGGCGCGUCUCGCCCUAGCAUAGAAGCUGUCAAACCCGGAACCCCCAUCUUCAGGCCUCCCGGCAGCAAUAUCGAUGAUUUCUGGUGCGACUAUUCCAAAAGUAUGCCUGGCUUCGAGCCUUGCGCAACACCUGAGGACCCCGGCUGUUGGCUGCGCAAUCCUCAAACAGGGGAAGAAUACAACAUCACGACUGACUACGAGAAUAUUACUCAAACACCCGUAGGAGUCCCGCGCGUGUAUUAUCUCGACGUGACCGACGGCUCUGUCAACGCUAAUGGACUGGACUUUGGCCAAGGCAAGCUUUUCAACGGGUCCUUCCCUGGACCGCUCAUUGAGGCCUGCUGGGGUGACACCGUGGAAAUCCAUGUGCGCAACUCUCUCGCUUACAACGGAACCAGUAUUCACUGGCACGGUCUUCGGCAGUGGCAGACGAUGCAUAUGGAUGGUGUCAAUGGUAUCACGCAGUGCCCAAUUGCCCCAGGGUCUGAGUUUGUCUAUCGAUGGAACGCAACCCAGUAUGGUACCUCGUGGUAUCACAGCCACUACUCCGUGCAGUACGCUGAUGGACUACAAGCACCUAUCAAGACUAUACAUGGACCAACUUCUUAUGCAUAUGACGUUGCAAUCGAGCCGAUCACAAUCACCGAUUGGGCCAACAACAGUGCCUUUCAAAACAUCUACAAAGACCCAGACACAAUGGAUAUUCUCCUGGGUGGAGUCGGCAACAUAAAUCGAUUUACGGGGGGCGCGAUCGAAAACACCGAAGACAUUCCACCUGGCUUUGAGAUAAUUUUCGACGACACCGAUCCUAACCCUGCAACUGGUGCAACGCGCUAUCUCCUUCGCUUAAUCAAUACGGCCUUUGACAACGCCUUUGUUUUUUCGAUUGAUAAUCAUUGGCUGACAGUUGUGGAGGCCGACUUCGUCCCCGUCAAGCCUUUCGUGACCACCUCAAUCUUCCUCGCAAUCGGCCAGAGAUAUAACGUCAUCGUCGAGGCAGUGCCGGAGCCAGACAGUUCGAACGACCCUUAUAACCCUGUUCCAGAGGACCGCAACUUCUGGAUUCGGACAUAUGGCAUGGAUGGAUCUUCACUUUUCAAAUUCUUUCAACCACAGCCACCAACAGACCGCCCUGUGGAUAUGCAGAAUUACAUGAAGACUGGUAUUCUCCGCUAUGACAAAACCAGCACGGCUGAUCCCACGUCCACUCCGUGGAAAGUCGAUCUCACCCAGUCCGACAAGUCCAUCAAUGAUCAGUUACAGCCCAUGCUCCCGUGGCAGGUGACCAAAGCGGCAAACGGAAACGGAAACGGAGAGGUAUUUGGCGUCGUGAAUUUGACUUCUGGGCAAUACGCCACGUCCUUCCUUGCCUUCGAGCGGCCCGGCGACAAGGCUGUGACACCAUUCCAAACGACAUACGGCAACCCGACCUUCUUGAAUUUAGACAAUGUUGGGGAUGAGUGGCCGGUGGGUUGGGUUGUUGUGCCGGAAAACUACACAGACACAGACUUUGUAUACCUGGUUAUCAACCAACCAGCUUUUGGACCGCAUCCAAUCCACCUUCACGGCCACGACUUCGCCAUCGUUGAACAAAACGACACUGCUGGCUUCAACGCUAGCAGCUUCUAUCCUAAUACAACCAACGUCAACUUUCCCCGCCGUGAUGUGGUGUCGGUUCCGACAGACGGACACGUUGUCAUUGCUUUCAAGGCCGAUAACCCCGGCGUGUGGUUAAUGCAUUGCCACAUCGCGUUACACGCCUCUGGCGGCCUAUCUUUGCAGAUUCUUGAGCGGCAGGGAGCAGCCAACGUGAUUUGGCCUGCAGGAAACUCCACCGCCCUUGACACAGCCCAUUCGCUUUGCGCCAGCUGGAACAGCUGGGCAUAUGACUGCAGGAACAUGUGGCCAGGAAACACGAACACAACGGACGACCCAUACUAUCCUUCCUGCGUCGACUCUACCAACCUUCAGAACGAUUCGGGUGUGUAA